UUCAUUGAAUAAUUGCAGAAGAGAAGAAAAAUUAGAGUUUAUAAUGAGUAGUGUGUUGGGGAAAGCUAGAGAAGGAAUAGUUCCAUUGAUGAAAAUUGUUAGGCUAAAAGGAAUGUCUAUUUUGGAUCAAUUGCAUUUAGAAGAACGGUUACUUCGAACAAGUUCCGAUAAUUGGUGUCUUAUUAAUCAUGGAACCAAUUCCCCUGCCAUUGUAAUGGGUUUGUCUGGGAAACUUUCAGAACUUGUUGAAACCAAGUCUGUGUUACGAGAUCAUAUACCUAUCAUCAGAAGGUUUACUGGGGGAGGGACUGUUGUUGUUGACAAUGGCACUAUAUUUGUUACAUUGAUAUGCAAUAAAGACGCUGUUCCAAAUGUUCAACCCUUUCCUCGUCCCAUUAUGUCGUGGAGUGGUCUAUUGUAUGGUAAAGUUUUUGAAGGGCUUGCCGAUUUCCAUCUCCGUGAAAAUGAUUAUGCCUUUGGUGAUCGCAAGUUUGGUGGAAAUGCUCAAUCUAUAACCAAGAACCGUUGGAUACACCACACGUCUUUUCUAUGGGAUUAUCAAGUCAAGAAUAUGUCUUAUCUCAAGUUACCUUCAAAGGCUCCUAAGUAUCGAUUAACAAGAGACCACACGGAUUUUAUUUGUCGAAUGAAGGAGCAUAUGCCAAGAUCAGAAUUUAUAGAGAGAACUAUAAAGGCGGUCGGAGAUGAGUUUUCUGUGAGUCCCGUUAGCUUGGAUUCCAUAGACAUUGAUUCUGUUUCUGAAUAUGUUCAUACUACUAGACUACUAACAGAGCAGGAAAUUCGGGAAGCUUCUAUUCUUCAAACUUGAAAACAUAGUUACAAAAGCCCGACAAUAAUUUACGAGUAGUAUUCGAGAUAAAAUCCAUUGAUGGGGGAAGGAUAACAUUGACAUACAAUUAUGUAAAGUAGUGAAAUUUGAACAAACUGCUUUUUUUUUUCUUUCCUUUCUUUGAUCACGAAUGGAUAACAUUGACAUACAAUUAUGUAGGAUUGUAGAUUUCUAAACAGUAACCCUUAUUUAUCAUCUUUGGCAAAUUGGAUAUAUUUGAACUAAAUGGUAUUACA